AUGACAUUGAAAUCUGAUCAAAGUACAUCCACGAUGAGCAAUGGUAUUGAUUCAGUCGAUCAAACACAAAUGCCAUUUCUUGAAAGUUUACUGAGAGAAAAAAACUUCAGGCCUAUAUCAUUUCAUAUGCCUGGUCAUAAGGGAACAAAAGAACAUCACCCUAUGCUCUUGGACUAUUUCGGUUGCAAUUUAAAUGCAGCUGAUCUGGUUGAAAUCAAUCAAAAUAUCGACUAUUUACAUUCACCUAAAGGUGCAUUACUCAAAGCUCAAAAACUAGCUGCAGCUGCAUACGGAGCUGAUGAAACAUUUUUUCUCAUCAAUGGCUCCACCGUUGGCAACAUGGCUGCUAUUAUGAGUGUAGUCGGUCCUGGUCAAAAGAUCAUUAUGCCCCGAGCAUCGCAUCGGUCAGUCUAUGGAGCAAUAGUUCUCUCCGGUGCUAUACCUGUAUAUAUUGAACCUGACUAUCAUCCAGAUAUUGGUUUUCCUCUAGCUGUCAGUGUACAAGCAGUAGAAGUACUUCUAGAAAAACAUCCGGAUGUUGUUGCUAUUCAUUUAACAUCACCCAACUAUUAUGGAGUUUUGUCUGAUAUAGGAGCAAUAUGCAAGUUGGCUCAUUCACAUAAAGUAGCACUUCUAGUAGAUGAAGCUCAUGGUUCACAUCUCGGUUUGCAUCCUGAUUGGCCAAAAUCAGCAGUUUCUCUACAAGCUGAUAUUAUCGUCCAUAGUACACAUAAAACACAAGGUUCUCUUACUCAAUCUGCCAUGUUACAUCUAAAUAAGAAUGGCUUAGUCAAUCGAACACGUGUUGCACAAAUGUUAUCACUUCUUCAAAGUUCAUCACCAAGCUCCAUCUUGUUAGCUUCACUCGAUGAAGCACGAAUGCAAAUGGCUACUGAAGGAUGUGCACGCUUAACAAUUACACUUGCAUUGGCACAGAAAGCUCGUGAUGCUAUUCGUAAAACGGAUGGUUUAUGGUGUUAUGGUGAUGAGUUAAUCGGUGUCACUGGUAUUUUCGCCAUCGAUCCCAGUAAAUUAAUCAUACGAGUAAAUGAUAUUGGUCUUAGUGGAUUCAAAGCAAGUGAAAUACUUCGGAAUGAAUACAAAGUCGAAGUUGAAUUUGCCGAUCUCAGACAAAUUAUCUGUUCACUUACUAUUGCUGAUACAGAAUCUACAACUGAUCUACUUAUCGAUGCUUUAAACCAUUUAUCCAAACAUCAUCGACAAACUCAUCAUACAGAUUUCAUGCUCAUUAAGCUACCGAACGGUCUACCUCGUUCGGUUAUCAAUGUACGUGAUGCCUAUUUUACAACCAAAACUCGACGUGUUUCUCUGGACGAGGGUGUCGGACACGUGCUUGUAGAAAGCAUUAUACCGUAUCCACCUGGAGUACCACUUCUUGUUCCCGGCGAAAUCAUGGAACAACAUCAUCUUGAUUUUCUUCGCUAUUUUCUUGACAAAGGAGGCUAUUUAGUUGGCAUGGCAGAUCCAAACUUUCGUACAGUUUCAAUUGUUGAUUCUUAA